AUGCCUACACGAACCCUCCUCCGCCUCGGCCAGCGCGCCCCCAUGCGCAUCACCUCCACCACAGCCCGCCGCUUCUACUCCGCCGAAUCGACCGAGCCUCUCAUCCGCGUGACGAAUCUCCCCGCUCCCGGCUCGGGCCACAUCCGUGUCCUCGAGCUCAAUCGCCCCAAGGCGCGAAACGCCAUCUCGCGCGCGCUGCUGACCUCGCUGCGGCAAGAGAUCGACGCCGUGCACAGCCAGUACGGCGAGAACGGCGAGGAGCUACCUCCCAAGAAGAUCUUUGGGGGCGCGGCGGGGGUUGAUGAGAAGGGACCUACGAGGGCGGUGGUGUUGGCUAGCGCUGUCGAGUCGUGCUUUUGCGCCGGGGCCGAUUUGAAGGAGAGGAAGGGAUUCACUAGGGAAGAAACCGAAAUCUUCCUCACGAACCUCCGAGGCACAUUCUCCGCCCUAUCCACAAUCCCCGUCCCCACCAUCAGCGCCAUCUCCUCCCUCGCUCUCGGCGGCGGUCUCGAACUCGCCCUCUCGACCCACUUCCGCGUCCUCUCCUCCAACGCCGUAGUCGGUCUCCCCGAGACCCGCCUCGGCAUCAUCCCCGGCGCCGGCGGCACCUACCGCCUCACGGGCCUCGUCGGCCUCUCCCGCGCCCGAGACCUCAUCCUCACGGGCCGUCGCGUGUCGGCGCCCGAGGCCUACUUCCUCGGUAUCGCCGACAGGCUGGUUGAGGUGACGGAGAAGGAGGACGCGGCGGCCGGCGAGACCGGUAGCGUCCUGGAGAGGGCGCAGAAGGCGGCGCUGAGCGAGGCUGUGAGGUUUGCGAUGGAGAUUUGCGAGGGCGGACCGGUUGCUAUUAGGGCUGGGUUGGAGGCCGUUGGGUGGGCGAGGGAGGAGAUGGAGAACAAGAUGUAUGAGCGGGUUGUGGCGACGGAGGAUAGGGAUGAGGCGUUGAAGGCGUUUUCUGAGAAGAGGAAGCCUGUGUUUAAGGGCAGGUAA